CAACCACUUUAUAAAUAAAAAACUAUAAAUAGGUGCUCUGAAUUGCUUUGAGACUCAGGAGGACCAGAGGAGUGGACUGCAAGAAUGGCACAGAAUGAAGAAUUGCCAAUGGGAGGCACUUGGGAAAUUGGUGAAGAAUUCCAUAUAGAUGAAGAUGUGGGCUUUGCUCUGCCAAACCCACUGGAGGAGCUACCUCAGAAGUAUGAUCCCUGGAUGUCCAUUGCUAAAAAUUUGCCUGACCUGAUUGAGAGUGGCCAACUACGUGCAGAAGUUGAGAAGUUGCCGCAGCUCAACAUUGAUGAGCUCCCUGGGCACAAGUUGCAGCGCCUUGCACAUCUGGCCUUGGGUUACAUCACCAUGGCGUAUGUGUGGGAUCGAAGUGAAGAAGAUGUCCGUAAGGUUCUGCCAAGCAAUAUUGCUGUCCCUUACUGUGAACUCUCUGAGAAGCUGGGACUACCUCCUAUUUUGGUUUAUGCAGACUGUGUCUUGGCAAACUGGAAGAAGAAGGACCCCAGUGGGCCCAUGACUUAUGAGAAUAUGGAAAUCCUGUUCUCGUUUCCCGGUGGGGAUUGUGACAAGGGAUUCUUCCUGGUGUCUCUGCUGGUGGAACAAGCCGCUGCUUCCGCAAUUGGACAAAUUCCCAUUAUAUUUAAUGCAAUACAACAUCGCAACCAGGUUGCUCUAAUACAGGCACUGAGUGAGAUAACUUCUUGCCUGCGCAAAGCCCGUCAAGUGUUUGGGCAAAUUCACAAAUAUGUGAACCCAGAAGUGUUUUUCAAUGUUCUUCGCAUAUACUUGUCUGGCUGGAAAGGUAAUCCCCAGCUGCCAGAGGGUCUGCUGUAUGAAGGGGUCUGGGAUACCCCCAAGCAGUUCGCAGGGGGCAGUGCAGGCCAAAGCAGCGUCUUUCAGUGUUUCGAUGUCCUGCUGGGCAUUCAACACAAUACCAGUGAAGCAUCUGCUGCUGAGUUUCUCAAGGAAAUGAGGGCAUACAUGCCCCCAGCUCACAGGACCUUUCUUCGGUCACUGGAGAAAAGCCCCUCACUCCGAGAGUUCGUCCUUUCAGAGGGUGACCCUGACCUGAAUGUGGUUUAUAAUGACUGCGUGAAAGCUAUGGUCUCACUGAGGAUGUACCACUUGGCAAUAGUAAAUACAUACAUUGUUAAUCCUGCAAGAAAGAAGCAUAUGGAAAACCAAACGUCUGAAGAUCAGUCAGAACAGGAAAAUAAAGGAACUGGAGGCACCGAUGUCAUGAAGUUCCUAAUGACUGUAAAAUCUACAACUGAGAAGUUCAUUUUGAAGGAUGGUUAAUAUAACCCAAACAAGGGUAUAUUAUGCAAGACAAAGACUAUAGAGUAUAUUGCUGUCAUCGCUCUUUAUACUAGACCCAAUUGUAAAUGAACCCCAGAAAUUGUUAAUAGUAUGCAAUAAUGUAUAAAUCACACAUUAACAUGCAUUUCAAAAUAAAACUGCUUCUGCUGUCUGUAGAUUCCUUGCUUGAAAAUAACAAAAUUAGACAAGGGUGCUUAAAAAAGUAGUACUAGCAUUAGAACUAUAAUUAUAAUGCACACACUAGUAUGUACUGAUGAAAUAGAACAAAUAAACUUUGACAUAAGAUAUACCAGAAUAUGGAAAAGUGGCUUUAUUCU